GUUAAAGUGACAUUGAGGUUAUGAUGAUCAUUUUGAUUAGUUAAAUGCAAUGAUGAGCCAAGGAACAAUUCAACUUAUCUAGUGUUGCGUAGAUCCAUAUCUUGUAGUAUUCAAUUUUAAACAGAACCAUCUUUCUACUGUUUGUAUUGUUUAUAAAAUAUCUGCCUACAAGAAGGUAUUCUGUCCAGGUUAAUAUGUAAUCCGAGACUCAAUUAAAACCCUUAACAUCAAAGAUGAUGCAGUUGAAGAAUUUGUGUCCAUUGCUAUACAAUAAUAAUAUGCAAAAGAAUGCUGGCUUUUGAAAACAUCCCAUUAGUGUGAGCUUCGGCCGACAGAGAUGGCUGAUAAAGAUCAACCUUUACUGGGGACCUCUGCGCCUGUCUACUCUAACAUCAUGAAGAUCUGGACAGCGUUCUUUUACGCCUGUUCCUCUCUACUGAUCACUAUAGUAAACAAGACAGUUCUAACCACUUACGAGUUCCCGAGCUUCAACAUUUUAGCAAUGGGACAGUUAGUGGCUACAGUAGUUAUUUUAUUUCUCGGAAAACAAUUUAGUGUGAUUAAAUUCCCGGAUUUCAAUUCGAGGACAGUUUCAGAAAUCUCUCCGUUACCUUUCAUUUACCUUGGAAACAUGGUGUUUGGCCUGGGUGGGACCAAGGAACUCAGUCUCCCAAUGUUCACAAUGUUGAGAAGAUUCGCCAUCUUGAUGACAAUGAUUGCAGAGUUCUACGUUCUCAAUAUCCGCCCAAAACUAUCAGUGAAGAUCUCAGUCGCUCUUAUGGUACUGGGAGCUAUGAUAGCUGCUGGAAACGAUCUCGGCUUCAAUUUCCAAGGUUACAGUUUUGUUCUGAUUAACGAUUUUCUAACUGCAGCAAACUCUGUUUACACUAAGAAGAAGCUCAAUACGCAAAAAGAAAUGGGUAAGUACGGUUUGAUGUUUUACUGUGCACUGUUAAUGCUCCCUGUAUCUUUUCUACUUAACUUUGGAAUGGGAGAAAUGCAGCGUGUUUAUGAGUACGAGUACUGGACGGAUACAAUGUUUAUCAUACAGUUUGUAUUGUCGUGUACGAUGGGUUUUGUGUUAAACUACAGUGUCAUGUUGUGUACCCAGUACAAUUCUGCAUUGACGACUACGAUUAUGGGAUGUUUGAAAAAUAUACUUGUAACCUACUUAGGAAUGUUUAUCGGCGGGGAUUACAGGUACAGUCUUACCAACUUUGUAGGUAUCAACUUAUCUAUAAUCGGUAGCUUACUCUACACCUACGUCACUUUCAGACCCCCUCCUAAGUCUGUUCCCCCGGACCCAGUUCAAGUCCUUACACACGGAAAAUGACAAAACUAGAACUAUUUUGUAUAAUUUAUACAGUAAAAAUUUUAGUAUCUAAAAUUUAACCUCUUAUGAAGUGUGAUAGUCUUUUAAUUUAUUUAAACAAAUCUGGACAAAAUAAUUUUACUCUCCUAAUGAGCAAUAAGUGUGUAAAUGUUAAGUGUAAUUAAAUAACUAGAUUAACUACAGAAUAAUGUACUAAAAUGCUGAGACUCAAAUGGUGAUUUUAAAACCAAAGUGUAAACACGUCAACUACCUAGCCAUAAACUUGAAAGUCAUUUGAAUUAAUUAGUCAACAGUUUGUCAUAGAAGUUUCAACCUAAUCAUGAAAAAAAAAACACUAAGGAUCUUUUAAAUAAAAUUAAUUUUCCCUACCAUUCAAAAAUAAUGUUUUAAGGUUUAGGCCUAGUUAUUUACUUAAUCAUUCUGUACAUAUUGAUUACAUAUUUAAAUACUUUACAUUAAAGCCAAUGAUCAAUAAUUCUGUAAAUUAUGCCUGCCUAAUUUAGAGCUUUACCAAUUAUUUAUUCAUAAUGUUCCUUAUGUUUUCUAAACUGUAUGUUCCAUAAGUUAUCAAACUACUUAAAUUUAACUUGCUAGUCUCUGAAAAAUGUUGCUAUUGGUUAUCCCGACAAAUAAUAUUUCCUGGGAUUAACCGACACUUGUGAAGUCAGGAGUCCUCAUCCUGGGUAUGCCCUUGAACAUUCAAGGUCAAUCCGAUGACCUAAUUGUGACCUUCACUUGUGGCAUCAUCAAAACAUGACUACACACACCAUGAACUCUGAAAAUUAGGUCAUACUUUGGCUAUGGAAUGCCGUAUUCCACUUUCAUGUUAUAAGCUAAUAGAAUAUGAAAUUAUUGUAGAUAAAUUGAGCUACCAGCAUAGUCUGCUGAUGGUGCUGAAUUUUGUUAAAUACACUUACUUGUAAACCGAGCCAAAAUUAUAUGAGCAUCUUUUAUAAUACAUCUCUUUAACAGAAAUGACAACUAAGAGAGAAAAUAUAAUUUUAGACAGUUAACUCUGUGAGAUUCUUUUUUAAUCGGCUCCAGCUGGUCCAUAUAGAUGGGAUGUCUUCUUUAAUGUCUAAAGAUCAAUGGGUAUAGGCCUACUUACCUAUUAUGCUUGGGACAAGUAUAUAUUUGCAUGUUAUCUGUUUACAUAAGCGUUUUCGAUGUUAUAAUGUUUUAAAUUUAUAAAUCUGUACAUAUCUAUUUGACAAGAAUAUUUAUGUAUGAUUCUUAAAUUUUAGGUGCCAAAAUAAUUUUUGAGAAAGUGUCCAAGUCACCAAUUUUAUUUUUUCUAAAAAGCGUUUAAGUGUUGUACCGCUUUUACUCAAGUUUUUCAAAUUUUUUAAAAUUAUCUACAGAAAACUUUUUUAUUUCAAAUGAACAUUUAUAACUUAAAUUGAAUGAAAAGCUUGACGUUACUAUAAAUGUACAGGUUCUUAAGUUUUAAUACAGGUAUUUUCAUUGCUAAAUUUCUAUCAAAUCGUAAGCUGUUGAAAUCAGCUUUUAGCAGAUUAUUUAAUAAUAAUGGGACAAGUUGUUGUUAUAAACAUGAGUUGAUAAAACCAAAAGAAAGAUAGUAGGCCUAGUUUAAACUGUCAGUUCAAGAAAAGAUAUCAAUCCAGGUCAGUGUUUGAUAAAAAUUAUAAAUGGAUAACAUCUUGCUUUUUAUAAUUUAUAUUUGAAUUGUUGUCACUUAAAUACCUGACUGAUAUUGAAAAGGCUAAUUGAUUAUGCUUAGGCUACUGAAAUAUAUGUUAAGUGUUGGCCUGCCUAAACUUUCAAAUGAUUUUGAGCAGGUACCUUGUUGGUCUCCAUUUGUUAUGAUAAAAUGUUGAAAAUAUUCUCUUAUUGCUUGAAAGUUUGUUUUAUUUCUGUACAAACAUACUCAAGCAAUUGCUCUACAAUAUAUUAGGCCUAAUGUUUUGUAAAAGCCUUUUUUGAUCAAUUUAAAAGACAAUUUAAUGCAUUGUUAAGAUCUGCAUUUUUAGUUUGCAUGGUAAGUUCCUUACUGUGAUAAAAAUGUAUUUUAAGUAUACAGAUCAAACAUUUAACUUAGUUCUACAGCUUUGUAAGUUUAAAAAUCUACUUUUGAAACAUCGGCUAUCUACUAUAGGUAGUCAUUAUUUGUUAAGACUGUCAAUCUUACUUAGCCUAGAAGAAAAGUUAAUUUUUAAUGAGACAUUUUUAUAUUAUAAAGGUAUUAAAGGAUAAAUGUGAGUUGUUGGGGAAAUAAACCUCGUAUUCCUUCAAAUUAUUUUAUGUUUCUAACUUUAUGAUGGGAUGGCCUCUGGAUCGUCUCCAAAACGCUCCAUGGUUCCUUUAAAAUUAAUUUUGGAACAUAAAAUUACUUGAGCUUUAGAUUAUUUUGCAAUUCAAUUGACUACAGACAGUUAACUAUUUUAAUAGCCAUUUCUUGAUAGGAUUCUUUGCAUUUCUGCAAAUUCUUAUUUUCCUAAUAAUCACACUUUUGUUAUCGUACACUGUUUUAGUUUUAAGACAUUCAUUUUGUGCCAAAGAUAAAUUGAAGAUUAUUUAAGUUUGUUAUUUUUGAACAAACAUUGGAGAAAUGGUUGCUGUAUGUGGUUAAAGUAGCACCUGGGAUUACUCUUGUGGCCGAGUCUAGUAUUUUCAGUUCCGUUAAUCAUACAGGUACAGCAGUAUAUGUCCGUUUGGAACAUACUUUAACUCUUUAACUCCCAGCAAUUAUUCAUAUUAACUACGCUUAUUUUUUCCUGAGCUCAUACAAAUAUAGAAAUCCAAAUUUAUUUUGUGCUAAUCUUUGUCAUGGAAAAGUUUACAUAGUUUGUAAAGGAACGGUCCAAACCCUGGUCUUGUCAGAUAUGUCGACCUUUGAGAUGGCAAUAUAGCAUCAUUAAUUGACAUCCUAAUAUUGAGUGGCAUCUGGGUCCUUAUUAAACUAGUUAUUGGGUGGCGAACACAUAGUAAGGAUAAGUAGCUGAGUGGUUACGAUUGCCAUACAAUCAGGAGGUUGCCGGUCCGAUCCUGAGAAAAGCCAGGUGUUUGUUGACGGUUUGGAACUGGACCCUGCUUCCUAAACGAUAUGGAAUUCAUACAGUCACACAGGGCUGUGCUGGGAGUGAAAGCUCGUUUGUUGAUCAGACUUAACUAUCUACCGUACUACUAACACUUGUGAACCCAGAAACAGUGUUCUCUUAUAUUCUAGUAAAAAACUUAUAAAAUUUGAAAUAGACUCAAUUUUUUUAACUUCUGAGAAUCGCAAUGAACAUAUUGACAUGUGACUCUUAGAGUGUACAUACUAAUUUGCUUAGGAUAAACACAAGCUUUGCCAGCUCGUUAAACUCAAUGAUUGGCGUUUUCAAUGCCCGUAGAGGUUAUUUAACAAAUCUACGCCAUUAACACAAUUUGCCAGACAGGAACUACAAUGGAAAAUCAUUUGCAUUACUACGUUCAAUAUCUCCUCUAAUCACCUCUAAUCUCAUACAACUCAUUGAAAGAAAAUGUUUGAAUAAAAUUGUAUUACUCCGUGCCACAGAAGUAACUCAUAGCUGCACCACUCAGAGCAAUGAAACAAAUAUCAAAAUUAUUACAACUUGUGAUGUAAUCCAACGAAAACUUGUAUUCAAUGUUGGAUGUUUUGAAACCUUUUAAUGUUAUUUGUAAAUGUUGUAAGUAGCACAAAGCGAGGUGCUAACAAUAUUUCUACCUUGUUUGUUCAAUUAAGAGUAUUUUAUGUUGAACAAAAUCUUGAGACUGUGUUUGGAAGUGUAACACAGAUUUUGACAUUUUGUUGAUUUCAUUGUAUUGUUAUUUAGAUUAAAUUGAAAUGAGUAA